AUGCGUCAGGUGCAAAUCUUCUCCGGCACUUCUCAUCCGAGGCUCGUGGAGGGUAUCUGCGAUCGUCUGGGGCAGAAGCCUGGAUCCGCUCAGCUGGGAAAGUUCAGCAACGGCGAGACCAGUGUGCAAAUUCAGACCUCGAUUAGGGACCAAGAUGUUUUCAUUGUACAGAGCGGGUGCAGCAAUAUCAAUGAUGCGGUUAUCGAACUCCUUAUUAUGAUCUCAGCUUGCAAAGGCGGCUCGGCGAGGAGCAUAACAGCUGUUAUGCCCUACUUUCCAUACGCGCGGCAAUCGAAGAAGAAGUCUCAUCGCGGCGCAAUCACAGCAAAGCUCGUCGCAGACCUCCUUGGUGUUGCCGGUGUAAAUCAUGUUAUCACAAUCGACCUUCAUGCCAGCCAGAUGCAGGGUUUCUUCAAAUGUCCGGUCGACAACCUCAUUGCAGAGCCGUUACUAGCGCGUUGGAUAAAGGUCAAUAUACCAGACUGGAGAAAAGCAGUAGUUGUCAGCAAGAACCCUGGGGGGACAAAACGUGUGACUUCGUUAGCAGAUGCUUUGAAGCUUAGCUUUGGUAUCAUCACCGCGGAGCAAGCGAAGCCCCACAGGCAAGGAACAUUCGGUAUUGGCGACAGCAUGGUACUAGACGGCUUGCGCGUCGAUAAGAUGAGCGAGCCUCCAGGCCUCAACCUCAGUGACCAGCGUUCGCAAGCAAGCCCACACACCACACCACCUCUGGAGCCCAUACCGGAAAGUGUUGUGGAAACAUCUGCACUGGCGAACAAGCGCGCGUUGAGGCCUCACACAAUUACUCACGCACAGAGACGGGUCAACGGUUCAUCUUUAGAGAAGAGCCUCACAAAUACUACUAUCAAGCAGGAAUCUACAGAUCACGCCCCUCCGUCACCACACCGGCAGGACGGGCAAGAGAACGAUUCACCGGCAAGUACCUCAGUGGACGGAGAUGAUGAGGCCGAGGACGCAGAUAAGGAGCCAGAGUACACAGAUGAGCGCGCACGCCACGUCGUUCACGGGCGACUAGUUCACGGACACGUCGUAGAUGAUAUUAUUCCGUCGCCGUCCAUGUCCGCUGUGUCCGGCAGCGUCAUCUCUUCACGGUACCGCGCUGGCACAGGUACGACCACCGGCGGGCCGCCUUCAGAUGAUGAGAGUGCUGCCGGGGGAGAACACAUGGCGCAGUCAUUCAUAUCUACAGCAUCUUCAGCGCAUGCAAAUAGGGGUGACCCUCUUGGCGGAUCAUACGACGCACAAGACUCGUCUGAAGACGAAGAUGAUAAUCUCAACAAUCCGGAACUAGAGACCCACGUAACCCUGGUCGGUAAUGUUAAAGACAGACCAGUGUUCAUCGUAGACGAUAUCAUCGACAAAGCAGCGUCAUGGAUUGCAGCAGCAGAGACAGUCGUAAAACGAGGAGGCGCAACGAAAGUAUACUGCAUGGCAACACACGGGGUGUUUGGAGCCGAGUGUCUGGAGCAAUUUCAACAGUGCGCAUGCAUUGAGCGAGUCAUCAUCACGAACUCAUUUCCGAUCAACGAGAUGAUGACACAGUCGAACAAGUUGAUCAUACUACCUGUUGACAACCUGCUCGCCGAAGCCAUUCGAAGGAACCACCAUGGUGAAAGCAUCAGUCAGCUGUUUAUGCACUAUGAUUGA